GUCACUAUCGAGAGAGCUGAAAACAUUUGCUGCAGGAAAACAUGAAAAUAGCUCGUGAAAAGUGAAAUUAAAUAAUUGAAAGUGCGAGUAUAUCAAAUUGGAAAAUCGCGCAGAAUUCCGCAAACAAAAAUUUCGUAAAAAACGCGUAAAAAUUUAAUAGCAAACAAAGUUCAUUAAAAAGGGGGUGCAGCAACAGCAGCAGCUGAGAAGUAGUAACAAAAGAAAAACGUCUGUGUACGGCAGCCGCAAACAAAGAGCGAGCGUAAACGAGUUUAGGGAAAUGCAAAAAGAGCGUGGGUACAUGUGAGAGUGCAAAUGAAACCGCUAAUUGCAGCAACACAAGCAGCUUUUAAUAGCAAUAACAACACGACAGAAGACUCCCUACAAACGACACACGGUACAAAAACAAUAGCAAAGCAAUCAUCAAGGGGCUAAUUACAUAGAGUUGUUUUUGUUGUUGGGAACUUAUUGGAGAGGGGGUAAACAAAAAUCAUACUUUUGGAGCAGCUACGUGCGAAUGCGAGAGAACUUUGGCCAACUAAAUUGAAUGAUUAAAGAGCGUAUGUUUAAUAAUAUCAACAACAAAUUAAACAGGGGCGUCAAAUGGUGGCAGAGCACAGCCUGACGGCAACGCUAUCGCGAGCUGCGGUUCUUCAUUGAAUGGAAAGCAAGCGACAAGCGAGCGUUGCGGCAGCGACGUCAGUGUCGGCUACGUUGCUGAUGUGAGGCUAUUGGCUAUACGACGGCAUUGAGUGUGCCAACAGAAGAGUUCGUUCCAACAAGACGGGAGCAAAGCAGCUGAAGAAUUUCAGUAAGAUUUGUGUAAAGAAAAAACAUAAUGUUUGUAAUUUAAAAUUUAAACGACUUAAAGAAAAUCGAACGCUAAAACUAUGAUAUUAAACGCGUUGCGAUGAAAUGAAUUUUAGUGUUAAAGAAAAUAUAAAUUUUACAAUGAAAUUGAGACGUGCGAACGUGCUAUGGAUGAUGAAUUGUCUUAGGAGUAAGCGGGGCGGUGAGGUGAAGCUGAAGUAAGAAAGCAGCGUUGGCGCAAGUAAAUCGAACAUCUACCGAGCGUGAAUAUGUAAUUCAUACAUUUAUAUACAUAAAUGAAGUUAAGCGAAAUUGUUGUAUUACUUAAAUAUUGAGAAUGUUCGAAAACUGAAAUGAAAAGUGCAAAUAAUUUGUUUAAUUAUACAAAAAAACAGAAAACAUGUGAGUACAUACAGAAAAGGCAAUACAUAUUUAACUAAUAGCUAAAGAAGAAGCAGAAUAAGCAAAAGUGUAGAUAAGUAAUGCAAGAAAAAACAGCAGUGCUAAGAAGCAAAGCAUUAUUACGUUCAAGAGCAGCAAAAAGUGUAUUGCCGAGUAUAGAGAUUUGUGGAGCUGUGAAUAUACAUACAUAUGUAAAUUGAUUGAGCGUAAAACAAGUAAUAUAUAACACAUAUGAAAUUGCAUAUAAAUAUUUGGAAAUAUUAAAUAUUUUGAAAUACUAUAUUAAAUAUUUGGUGUAAAGUAGUUAAAAUUGUGUUAACACAACCGCGCUGCCCUGAAGUAAGACAGCGAGCACUUGUGGGUAAGCAGAAGUGGCGACGUGUACGAGGGGGCGUUGGGCGUAAACAGCUGUGAACACAAUUUUUUAUGUGUAAACGCUGGACAAUUUGUGCAUUUUGUCCAUAAUAAUAGUGAUAAACGAAAUUCGAUUAUUGAAGUUGACUUCAAAAUAUCUGUGUUUUGGAACAAAUCCGUGCUGAUUAAUUACGAAAAAAAAGAAUACUUCACGUUGAAUUACAUUGCUAACGUGUGAUUGCUAUUUGGUUACACAAAUCCACACAAAAUAUAAAAAGUAUCUAUGUAUCCGUAUAAAUGCUUAUGCCGAUUGGAAAUAGAAUUAGUUACAUAUUACAUCUAAAUGUAAAUAUUUCGUAUAUAUGUAGAUAAAAAAUUGAACUGCAAUUUAAGAUUGUAGUGUAGACAUUUGUUUUCCCCCACUAAUACCAAUUAAUAACAUGACUACCGCCGAUUGUAUGGAGUCACUGCUCAGCUCUAUGUCCAGUACUUUUGAUGCUGAAUGCGCUACGAGCACCGCUGAAGGUGGUUCGCUGCUCAAUCACGAUUUGGCCGAAGACAAAACGCUGAAAUGGCGCACUAUGGUGAAUAAUCGAUUCGCAUGCAAAGAUAAGGACAGAAAAGCACAAACACAUAAGCAGCAGCAGGCGUCAACGACGUCGGCCAACAGCACUCAACAGGAGUGCAAACAAAGCCAAAACGGCAGUACCAACAGUAGCAACAACAAUAACAACACAAAACAUAUAAAACUAGAGCAACUCGCCAAGGGCAGUGGUGACAACAAGUUGGAGGAGCUGAACAAAACAGAAAAUAAAAUAAAAUUGACAGCACAGGAUCAAGAAGAUCGUGCAUCUACAACCGAUUUUAUGGAAGAACAAAUGAAAGCUUUGUUGGCGGAUGAUGAGGACUUGCAACAGCCGACGGAGACCACAACAAGUGGCGCUGCGCUGGCGGAACACAUGUUGUGUGUGUCGGCUGUAAGUAAAGAGGAAGCAAUCGGCAUGGAAGAUAAAGUAUCUUUGCAUGAAAGUGAAACUUCAAUUGCUGCAGGCGUCGGCCCGGAUGCAGCGCACAGAAAAAGACGCAGCAACACCAGCACCAGCAAUAGCAACUGCAGUAACUACAAUAGUAGCAGUAAUGCCAGCAUUGGCACAGUCGCUCAAGGUCAAUCCGAUGACAGCUUUCAUGACGGCAUUACUGACACAAAGCGUACAUGCCAACAAGUUGUGCCGUACACAGCGGAUGCACAGCUGGAAAGUGAUAUGACAGCCGCGUCAGCAAAUCAGAAUUUGGAAAAUUCUUUGGUGGCAGCUACCAUUAGCGCGGAUGCUGCAGAUUUAGUUAUGGUUGAAUUGGAUUCAAUCAAGCAAGAUAUUGAUGAUGUCGAUGAGGAUUUGCUUGCAACAUCAUCUAGAGGUGACUCAUGUGACAUACCGAUUGUUGAUACCAUAACAACAACAGCAAUUACACCAACAUCAAACAUGCUGCUAACGACGGCAGCACAACUGCCGAAAACGGAACUCACCAGCACUACCACCAGCAACAUAAAUAGCAGCACACUACUCAGCUUAGAGCAGGGAGUAGACGCAGAGAAAGAGUGUGUGAAAACAGCCGAUAACGAUGUGGCCAACAGCGAUGCUACUGAUAAAAUUGCUACAAAUGCGCGUGCGGCCAGUGUUAGUCCGCUUCGUCGCUUACGACGUACGCGCCGAUUGUCCGAAGUUACUAAUCCAUCCGAUUCUCUGCCUGCUGAGACGACAAAGACGGUGACCAAAGUGGAAAGUCAGGAAAUUGCAGCAACCGUUGACGAAGCACAGCCAACAACGAAGCUAGAGCCGGUUCAAAACAUGAAUCUUCCUACUACAACAACUGACGCUGCCGGUCCGCCACCAGCUACAACUACUAUAGCAGCAGGUGCACUUGAAACAGCGGCAGCGGCGGCGGCAGCUGCUGCACAAAUCCAACAGCUGCAGCCGGUGAAGCGUGGCCGUGGACGUGGCAGAAAAAUCACCGUGACAAUGGAGGGCUUUGAGCAAAGUGUUGACUUGCCGGCUAGAGAGGAGGAUAAACAGCAUUUAGCGGCAUUGGCGGAAACAUUAGCAACAACAAGCGCCGCGCCGCAAGAGCGCAAAACAGUUGGACGCAAGCGCAAACAACCAGAUGACGUGGAAAGUACAAAUGUAGUGACGUUGCCAGUCAUCAAAAUAGAACAGGAAGAUACUACUGUAAGUGGUAAGGACGUAUCGUUGAGUCCUGGCACCGGCGCCGCAGCGAAUAGCGGAGAUGGCGGGAAGCGGAUGCGGCGCAGCGUGCGGCUGGGUAACCGCAACGAUAGCAGUGCGACACCUGGCGGCAACAGCAAACAGUUGGAUGGUCCACCGCUUGAAGAAAUCAAAAUCGAACCCACGACUUGUGUGGUAAAUCCACAACUAACACUAAUCGACCCGCUAAGCUUGACGGAAGCACCAAGCAGUGCUGGUAAGUCAUCCAUCCCAGUGGUAGAAGAGCGGACGCCACCAAAGAAACGCGGGCGCAAGUCAAAACUACAUCACCUGCAACAACAACAGCUGCAGCAACAGCAACAGUUAGAAAAAUCACAAUCUGGCGCAAGUGGCGCGAAUAGCGAGGGCAGCGAUCACACGCCGCCCGGCUCAGCAACAAAACGCAGCAGUCACCAUGCGGACGUUAUCAUACCGAAACGAUCACAGCGACGCAUUAAGCCAACGACGAAAAUACUUGAAAAUAGCCAGCUGCGCUAUGAAUUCGAAACGACUAAUAUGGUGCGUUUGACGCAGGCGCAGAACUGGGAGGAUAGUGGCGGCAGCGGCGGUCAAAACGUCGAGUCCAACGCUGCGUUAGAAGCGGAGAAAGCGCAUACGGGUAACAAGCAGGUGAAGACGGAGAAGGCUGAACGCGCGGAAGCCGCCGAAGAAAAGGCUACUACCCACGGUUCAAAUUCUGUCAAGAAAAAACUGUGUGGUAAAUUAUUGCGCGACAUUGAAGCAUCGCGCGCCGCAUUGUUAGCUAAGGAGCAAGCGCAGCUUGCGCGUCCACGCGUAGAUGUAGAUAAGUUCUUGGGUGAAAUCAAAGCGGCGAAAUGGCAUACAAAUCGUUUGUCAGAGGAGCGAAAACUAACAAAGAAGCAGCAGCGCAAGCUAGCCAAACAGAAGGAAAAUAAUUUGCGCAAACUCGGGCUGCGCCGUAAUACCAGCGAAGAGGCCAGCGAUAUAGAGAGCCUAAGCGACAAUGAGGAGUUCGUGCCAACCACGCGCGUACAAGUGGAACGACGCAGUCAUACGCUGCGGCAACGCUCCGCCAUUAAAGAGAGCACACCGACACCAACCGCUGCGCCGGCGCAGUCAAUGCCAGUUCGCGCUGCAACCGCUUCGCCGACAAGCGCCAAAGCGGGACGAAAGCCGCAAGCGCGUCAACGUAACGUCGUUGAGAAGUCGGCAGCAGCAGCGACCACUAAGCCAACCGCCAAUGUUAGCGUGUGCAAACAGAAAUUACUGAAAGCGCCCUCGCUUGAAGUCAUCGAGAUAAAUGAAUCAUCACAAGAGCUACAAUCGCCCAGCAGCCGCUCAGUGGGCCUGGCAGCUGCCACGGUCAGCGCGUUGAACGCAAUCGGCACUGUGGUAACCAUACCAUCACCCCCACCACCGGCCAGAACUGCGCAGCAACGCAAUUUAAUUUGCUAUUGCGAGAAGAAAACACAAUUCUACACGCGCAACACACCCGACACGGCCUACUGUUGGGCCAUUGACAACAUCGAGGAGCAGAAGGUGGGCUGUAGUAAUCAAUUGAGCGGAGAAGUGUUCAAUCUGCUGCGCCCCAGUCAGCGUGUCAGCUAUAUGGUGCUGUGCGAGGACCACAAGAAGCGACUGAGUACACACAAUUGCUGCGCCGGUUGUGGCAUAUUUUGCACGCAGGGGAAAUUUGUGCUUUGCAAGCGUCAACACUUUUUCCACGCCGAAUGCGCCGAGAAGUUCAUACUUAGCAGCCCUAUAGAUGCGCAGCAAACGGCCAGCAACUACACUAGUCCCACAUUGGUGCUGAAGUGUCCGCACUGCGGCAUCGACACGCCAGAACGUACCUCCAUCGUCACGAUGAAAUGCCAAACAUUGCCUGUAUUCUUGCCUAGUCAAAGAGCGCCAAAGAUCAAAGCUGCGAAAAUGCCGCUACCCGUUUUGAGCGGCGCCGCGCAACCAAAUGGCCAUUCCAAUGCUGUGACUGUUAACAGCGCUGCAAGCGUAAACGCUGGUGUCAGCGCAUCAACGUCGCUUGCUGCUGCUGGCAGCGCCCCCAGCAACACUGUACCGCUACGUACGCUGCGUACACAUCAAAUCAAUUUCGAGCAGCUGAUACCCGAAUCCGUCAUGAAUGUAGUGCUGCGCGGUCGUGCGCCAAGCAACCGCGAUGCGCGUCGUGGCGCUGGCAGCACACGCAGCUCUAUGUCGGAAUUCUCCACGCGCGACAUGUACUACGCGGUGAAGAAUGACGAUCUCGAGCGCGUUGCUGAAAUACUCGCCUCUGAUUUCGAUGUGAAGACGCGCAUGCGCGAAUUCCUUAAUGGCACCUGCUUGCAUUUGGUGGCGCUUUCUGGCACCUUGCCGAUGGCCUUUCUGCUACUUUGCAAGGGUUAUGCCAAGGAGUUUAUAAAUAUGUUGGACCGCGAGCUGCGCACCGCGGCGAUGUGUGCGGUAUUGGGUGACAAGUGUGAUAUACUGAAUUUGUUCAUACAAUGCGGCGCGGAUUUGGCAAUAAAGGGCCUAGAUGGCAAAACCUGUCUACACAUUGCCGCCAAACUGGGUAAUCUCGAAGCAGCGCAAUUAAUUAUCGAUAGUUAUCGCUCAUGCCGCAGCAUAUUGAACUUUUUGGACUUUAUAAAUACACAAGAUGAUGGUGGCUGGACCGCUAUGGUGUGGGCAGCAGAGUUGGGACACACGGAAAUUGUGAGCUUACUACUCAAUCACGGUGCCGAUCCGAAUAUUUGCGAUAAUGACAAUAACACUGUGCUACAUUGGGCCACUUUACAUAGUAAUGGCUUGGAGACGAUCACAAUGUUGCUGCAAGCCGGCACCGAUUGCAAUGUACAAAAUGUGGAGGGUGAUACACCGCUUCACAUCGCCUGCCGUCACUCCAUUACCCGCCUCUGUAUUGCGCUCAUCGCUAACGGCGCCGAUUUGAUGGUCAAGAACAAAGCCGACGAAUUACCAUACGAUUGUAUACCGCACGAGGACUCGGAAUGUGCACGCACUGUUGGUUUCAACAUGCAAAUGCGUUCAUUCCGUCCGCUGGGUCUGCGCAGUCGCAUUAUUUGCGAUGACAUAUCGAACGGACGUGAAGCGCGUCCGAUACAAGUCGUGCGUAAUGAGCAGAAAUUGUGUGGCAGUCUGAAUGGCGCUGAGCACAAUGGUGGCAAUGAGCUGCUGGGCGCUUCUACGGCCGCUGCAGCGCAUGACGAGUCCGAUGAGAUUAUGCUGCCCGAUCUGAAGUAUAUCAAAAAGUCGAUAAUUUUGCAAAAUUGCACGCCAAUCGAUUAUCGUGUAGCGCAAAUGCGCAUCUGCUCGUGCAUGGAUGGCUGCAUUUCAUCGCAGUGCCAAUGCAGCGAGGCAUCGGGUCAAAAUUGGUACACGGCGGAAGGUCGUUUGAGUGCCGAUUUCAAUUUCGAAGAUCCAGUGCCCAUAUUCGAAUGCAAUGACGUCUGCGGUUGUAAUAAGCUCUCUUGUCGAAAUCGUGUUGUUCAAAAUGGCAUACGCAUACCACUACAAGUGUUCGAAUGCAAUGACACCACCAAAGGUUGGGGCGUACGCACCCUCGUGCAGGUGGCGAAAGGCACUUUUGUCUCCGAGUAUAUCGGCGAAAUACUCAGCAAUACGGAAGCCGAUCGCCGCACAGACGACAGUUAUUGUUUCGACUUGGAAAAUGGUCAUUGCAUCGAUGCAAAUUACUUUGGCAAUGUAAGUCGUUUCUAUAAUCACUCGUGCGAACCGAAUAUUGUGUCGGUGCGCGUGUUUUUCGAACAUCAGGAUUAUCGUUUUCCGAAAAUUGCAUUUUUCGCUUGUCGUGACAUACAAGCGGGUGAAGAGUUGUGUUUUGAUUAUGGCGACACCUUUUGGCUAUUCAAGAAUCGCCAUCUCUCGUGCAAGUGUCUAACCGCCGCUUGUCGUUAUGCGUCGGCCAAACCCGACGGCGCUGAUGCUGCGCCGACUACGAAUGCCGCGUUGUUGUCUGCUACUUCGGUUUCACUCGGCGCUCUACAGCAGGCGUCUGAGGCAGCAAGCAAUAGUAAUUUAAGAAAUGGUCAUGCUGCCUAAAUGUUUGUAGUUUUAAGUUGUAAUUUUAAUUUAAUCUUAUGUUAUUGUAUUAAUGGAAGAACAUAUAAGCACUAUUUGUUAAGCAAAUAAAUUAAUUUUUUAAAAAUA